AAAUUAUUCAACACAGAAACUGGAGAAAUCAACUGGACUUUGGAUAUUGUUUUACCUGUACAUUUUCCUGAGUGGAGAGAAAGGCAGCAUUUUGAAACAUGAAGACUAUGAUUCUACUGCUUUAUCUUCUAGGAUCAACUCAGUCAUUACCAACACAGCUCAACCCUGCUUUGGGACUUCCAACAAAACUGGCUCUAGAUCAGGCAACUCUUCUAAACCAACAGCAGCUAAAUCAGGUCUUCCCCUCUUUAAGUCUAAUACCGCUGACACAGAUGAUCACACUGGGCGCAGAUCUGCAGCUGCUAAAUCCUCCUGCAGGGCUGGCGCCUGGUACCCAGACCCUCCCACUGACCCUGGGGGGAUUGAAUACACAACAGCCACUGCAAGCCCAAAUGUUGCCAGUUAUUGUAGCACACCUUGGAGCCCAGGGUACCAUCCUAAGCUCAGAAGAAUUGCCAAUGGCCCCACAAAUCUUCACAGGCCUCAUUUUCCAGCCCCUGUUCCCAGGAUCCAUCCUGCCCAACAGUCAAGCUAAUCCAGAUGCCCAGAAUGGAAUCCUUCCUGCAGGGCAAGCAGGAAUGAAUCCUGCCAUCCAGGGAACCUCAGAAGGCUUCUCUCCAACUCCUAGUGACACAGAUGAUGACUUUGAAGUGACGGCCCCUGCAGGCAUCCGAAGGGGCAUGCACACUACCCAGGAAACCACCACAGGGCCGCCAAAUGGAAAUCAGUAAGCUGUUUCAAUUUUUUUUUUCAACUAAGCCGCCUCAAAUGCAAAUCUUUUUCACUGAUCAUAUGAUGGAAUAGAUGGAGACACACUAGAGAGUAUCAGAAGAAACUCUUAGUUUACCUAACUUUCUUGGAAUUUCAGAAAAUAUAUUCUUCCUGGAGAAUAAUGACUUCUGAAAACAAAUGGAUAAAUUUGUCUUUGAAAUGUAACGUUAUGCCACCUUGGACUUGGAAAGUAUAUGUAUUAAAUGUAUUUUGAAACUGAA